AUGGUACAGUUGGAAUUCAAAAAGUUAGACACUUCGGUUUUAAAUGAUGUAUAUCUUAAUAAAACCAGUAUUCAUGCCCAAGUCGAUAAGAUACUUCAAAGAAACUUAGUUACCGAAAGGGAAAAUUAUAAAAAGUGGCUAAUAAAAGCUAUAUCGCUCAUAGACCUAACCACACUUUCUGGUGACGAUACAAGAUCUAAUGUCACCAGACUUUGUAUUAAGGCAGCAAAACCUUUGCCACAGCUAGAUAUUAAAGUAAAUACGGCUGCUGUAUGUGUUUAUCCCAACAGAGUUAGUGAUGCAUUUGAUACAAUCUCUAGGCUUGGACAAAACAUUAAUAUUGCAUCAGUGGCAACAGGAUUUCCGUCUGGCUUAUAUCCCAUCCAUUCGAGGAUUCAAGAAAUAGAGUAUGCAGUUUCAGAAGGCGCUAAUGAAAUAGAUGUAGUCCUAGAUAGAAGCCUUGUAUUAACUGGCCAGUGGGAGAAACUCUUUGAAGAAGUGUCUGAAAUGAAGAAAGCAUGUGAAGCGGCACAUUUGAAGGUGAUACUUGGAGUUGGAGAGUUGGGGUCAUAUGAAAAUGUGUACAAUGCCUCAAUGGUGUCGAUGCUAGCGGGUGCAGAUUUUAUAAAAACAUCAACAGGUAAAGAAGCCGUCAACGCUACCUUACCAGUUGGACUAGUAAUGUGCAGAGCAAUUAGGAGGUUUUAUCAGAUGUAUGGAAUUAAGGUUGGUUUGAAACCAGCUGGAGGAAUUAAGACAGCACGGGAUGCUGUCAAUUGGCUGAUUCUUGUACAAACAGAAUUAGGACCUGAAUGGCUCUCUCCAGAAUUAUUUAGAAUAGGAGCUUCUAGCUUACUUGGUGUUAUCGAAAAGGAAUUAUCCAAAUAA